CUUAUUAUUGUUUACAACAGUACAGCAUCACAAUUUAACAAAUGUGACUAGAUGGUGUUAUCUUUGAGAGUGAGUACUGAGUAGUAAGAAUGUCAUUCUUCAAGAAAAUUCUUAAAAUUGGGCAAGAAAACAACAAGCCCAAAGUUUAUGAACACAUAAAACGUGGUGAGAAUCCAGAGUCGCAGUGGGAAAAAGUCUGUGAACUUGGAGAUGGAGCAUUUGGAGUCGUUUAUAAGGCUCGUCACAAAGUAGAUGGUCGACUUGCGGCAGCAAAGAUCAUCGAAUGUCGAGCGGAGGAAGAUCUUGAAGAUUUUGCCGUGGAAAUCAACAUCCUUGCUUCGUGUAAUCAUCCAAAUAUUGUGAAACUCCUUGAUGCAUUUUACUUUGAGAUGAAUCUAUGGGUGUUGAUUGAGUUUUGUGAUGGUGGAGCGUUGGAUUCAAUCAUGUUAGAACUUGAGCGUGGGUUGGAGGAGAGACAGAUACAAGUUGUCUGUAAAAAAACUUGCCAUGCCCUGCAGUAUCUUCAUCAGAACAAAAUAAUUCACAGGGAUCUCAAAGCAGGGAAUGUACUUCUUACCAUGGAUGGUGAAGUUAAACUUGCUGAUUUUGGAGUAUCAGCUCUCAACACAAGGACGAUGCAGAAACGUGAUACUUUCAUUGGCACACCAUAUUGGAUGGCACCUGAAGUUGUUAUGUGCGAAACAUUCAAGGAUACCCCAUACAAUUACUCAGCUGAUAUUUGGUCACUUGGAAUAACUCUGAUUGAGCUGGCGCAGACGGAACCACCCAACCAUGACCUCAACCCUGUUCGUGUUUUACUACGGGUCGCCAAGUCGGAACCUCCAACAUUGGAUAUACCAAGCAGAUGGUCAAAGGAGUUUUCAAGCUUCAUAUCUCGAUGUUUGGUAAAAGAUCCAACGAAAAGAGCGUCGCUAUCCGAGUUGCUUAACCAUCCUUUCCUCACCAACAUCUCGUCACCACAACCUCUUGUGAAGUUGAUCGCUGAAGCAAAAGCUGAUGUCACAGAAGAAGUUGAAGAACCUGAUGAAGGAAAUCAAACUCCCGAGAUCAAUCGAAGAUCUGCUGCCAUUAGUGAGGCAAGUUUAACACAGAGGAACAAUUCUGAUGCAUCUGGUGCAUCUCUCAAUAAUCAUGAGACAGAUUCCAUUGGUUCAUCUGGAUUAUCACCCUUUCAUGAUGUAGACGUGGCAUCCAUCAAAUCUAGUGACAGCAAAGAUACAAAGUCCUUGGAUGCUCAAUCAAGUCCUGCAUCUACUAAAGUGAGUGAUAUCAUCCCAGUCUCAAAGGUAAAUGAGGACUCGUCCUCCAGUGAAGGGAGCACAAGCGAAAAAAUCGAUUCUGAUGAAAAAUUAAGAAAUAAUUCCCCAACCCAGGCUUCUGUUGGUGAUAAACCUGAGAAUGUCCCAAUUAUGACAUCACAGGAAGAAAAUCUUAAUAAUGAGAAAGCUGAAAAACUUUCAAUUGGUGAAACAGCAGAGAAGAUUUCUGUUGGUGAUAACGUCAGUGAGGAUGGGGAUCAGCUAACUCCUCUUCGCUCCUCUUCAUCCUCAGCGCAUGUCAGUUCCACUAACACGCAACAAUCUUCUGUUUCCUCAGUUACUAACCAUGAUUUUGUUAACCAAACUAAAUCAACAGCAAUCGACACCACAGAUGUAGAUAAGGUUAUCGAGAGUAAACCUAUCAGUGAUGGUUUAAGCACAGGUGCAGUACCCAGAGGUACAUCUUUCCAUUCGCUUAAUAAAAUACCAGCUGAGCUGGCUGCUUAUAACAAAAUAGAGACUGAAUCAAAAAGUAGAGAAGAUGAAGCUUUAGCGAUAGAUAUGCUUGAUAAGGUGCUCAGCUCUCCUCUUGCAUCUGAUGGCACAAAAAAUCCGACUCCUCCUCAACAAACGGAGUCUUCUGACUCCGCUGUUGAAUCUCUUCCUGAUGUUUUACCAUCGGUUGAGGUUCAGAUUGAUAACGAUCGAACAACAAGAGCAUCCACCACCAGUGAUGAGAACACAUCACUUCAUUCAUUAGCUGCUACAUCAGAUGCAUCAUCCACUGACAACACAACAGCUACAAACGGUGUGGUGCUUAGGAAGCGUGAGAAUGGUGGGGAGCUUGUUGUGUCAAGUUCUCACACAAGUCUGCUCUCGGUGCCUUCAUGUGAGUGCGUGUUUACUAAAUCUCACAGAAGAACAUUAUCUGAUUCUAUUAAGGAUACUGUUAAUGCAAUACUUAACUCAUCGAGAAUAAAGAACCAGCACAAAACAUUGAAGAAGACUCGUCGUUACAUCAUUGAUGGUGUGGAGGUCACUUCAACAUCAACAAAAGUUAUCGAUGACUGGGAUUUUGAAAACCAAAAGGAAAAGCGUGUUUUGCGGCGACAAGAAUUACAGGAGCUUCGUAAACUACAACGAGAUGAGCAACGUCAGAUUGCUGCUCUUAACACUAAGUUGUCAUCUCAACUUGAACAAAUGACAAUCAAGUUUGAACAAGAAAUGGCUAACUUGAAGCGUCGAUAUGUGAUGGAGAUGGACCAGAUGGAAAGAGGUCAAAAAUCUCAAAUCGAAAAAUUGGAACAAAAUCAGGAACAUAAUCGGAAGGAAUUGAUCAGCACACUGAAGAAGGAACAAGAUAAAGAAAGAAAGCAAUUCUUUGAGUCACUGAAGAUGGAACAGAAGGAGCUUAAGUUUGAGUUGGAACGACUUCCCAAACAACAACGUAAAGAGAUGAGCAGAAGGAGGAAAGAGGAGCUGGAGGUCAAACAUCAGAACGAGGAGAAGUUAUUUUUUGAAGGCCAAACAGAGAAACUUCGAAUGGGUGUUCGUCAAAUGACGGAAACUCACAAACGCGACAUCGCAGCCACUGAGAGAGUUUGUUUGCUUAAAAAACAAGAUUUACAACGAUCUCGUGAAUGCGAUAUUUGGAAGAUAGAAGAAAGUCACCUUCAUGAAAGAUAUCAAACAACUAAACAACAAAUUAAAGAUCAAUAUCAUUUACAACGUCAUCAACUUGUCAUACGACAUGAUAAGGAACAAGAACAGAUGCAUCGUCAUAACAAGCGCUCGAGGGAGGAACUUAUUUCUCAUCAACAACAAGAAAAAGUUCGACUUCCCAAGAUACAACGUAGUGAAGGAAAAGCAAGAAUGUCGAUGUUUAAAAGAAGUUUAAGAAUCCAAAGCACUUAUGAAGGAAAAGCUGCAGUUAAUGAAAGGGAGAAAAUCAAACAGUUCACCAUAACUGAAACAAAACGAAUGAAAGCCGAGAAGUUGAAGCAGCAUCUGAAGCAUGAGACUCAAUUAAAGGAGCUCGAUGCAAGGUCUGAGGCAAACAUGAGGGAGCUGAUGCAGCUGCAGAAUGAGAAGAGGAGGAUGGUGGUGGAUCAUGAGGAGCUGAAGAUCAAGGAGCUUGAUGAGGGAUUCCAAGAAGAGAUGAAGAUGUGGAAGGAGCAGCUUAAACCAAGGAAGAAGUUAUUGGAGGAUGGUUUGAAUGCUGAGCUCAACAACCACUACUCACCUGGUGUGAUGCGACUCGUGCAAAAAUAUGAACACAUGUUUGAAGAUAAAGAUGAUGAUGAAGUGGAUGGGAUCGGUGAUGAACCUCGUGCGCAAUCGGCGAGCAAUAGUCCACUAUCAACACCAGCCAACAACAUUCCAAGAUCAUUAAGUUUACAAUCGAUGCAGACAGCUUUUGCGAAGACUUCUCAACAUAAACGCCAAGUUUCUGAACCUCUACCCAUGCACCUUGAGAGAUUGGAAGACACUUUUACGCAACAGUUAGAAGAACAGAAGAAGUUUUUCAACGGGCCGGAACCAAACUCAUCCAACCAUGAAGUGAAACAAAGACCUCCAAAUGAUGGCGCCACCACUUUUUAUAAAUUAUAACGUAACUGUAUUAAACAACUAACAGGUUUACAAUAUAAGUGUUAAUCGCAGCACUUAAUGUAAACUCAUGGCUAACCUUCAAGACUUAGUUCGAUGUCAAAUUUAUGUGGCAUCUUAUUAAUAUGCUUGGUGCCAUCUAAUGUAAACAACUCUUAUCUGUAAGAGUCUGUGAGUAUUACAGAUUAAACUGCUGGAUAUGCCGUGUGUGCUGAAUAACGAUCAUGAAUCAUGGUUUGAAUAUAAUGAAUACAUUAUGAAAUAAAUAGCAAUUGAAAGUCUAAUUUUGUGCAAUGAUUUUGCACCAAGGACUACAAGUAUAUAAUUUCUCCUGCAAUAAACUCUUGUGUUCCCCUCUUUUGCUUGGUUGUCUUCAUUAACUUCUUUAUUCUUUCCCGUAUAUACAAUGAGACCGGCUUCCUUUAUAUUUGAUCUUAAUAUUUUCUGUUUUAUCGCUGGUUCUUAUUUUAUAAUGGAAUCGUGCUUCACUAAACUCAAGAUCAGCUGUAGCAAGAUAUAUAAAUAAAUUUUAUCUGCACAG